AUGGUACGUAGCUCUGAUAAUUACUUUGUGUUCAGAUGCAUUGCACGAAAUGUGGUUGGCAGAGCUCAAUGUACAUGUACCCUACGAGUAGGAGAAUCCAGAUUCCAACGAGCGAAGAAAGUCGACUACACGCGAGCGCCCCGUUUCAGAAUGCCCCUAGCUAAUCCUCGAGAAAUACCAAAGGGAACCGAAAUGGUGUUAACAUGUGUUGUCACCGGUGCGCCUUUCCCUGACAUCAUUUGGCUGAAGGACGGUGAAAAAGUGCCCACAGCCAAUUGCGAUAUCAGAUGUGAUGAUGGCGUUUGUACUUUGACCAUUUUCUCUUCCACCGAAGAUGAUGCUGGCUGCUAUACUUGUGUGGCAGAAAAUAUUCAUGGCUUAUCUGAGUCGACGAGCACCGUUCGCAUUAUUCCUCCAUCGAAAAAAGAUCACAUGGCUCCGAAAUUCGUCGAAUUGCUCACAAAUCGAUCUGUUCUUGAGCACGAAGAAAUUCAUCUCGAAUGUAUGGUGACUGGCAAACCUUCACCGUCUAUUACCUGGUAUAUUCGAUUCUGGUUCCACAUUAUUUCAAAGACUGACCGUGUAUUCAUCUCCGAGCACAAGCACUACCGUGUGUGA